CUUCUAACAUCUCUCGGUGUGUACAAGUGAAUGAAAGAAAGAUAUUUGGGUUGAAGUCUCAUGAUUGUCAUGUUCUCAUGCAACAACUUCUUCCACUUGCAAUUCGAGGAGUUCUACAUAAGAAUGUUUGUGCUGUUAUAGUUGAACUAUGUAGUUUCUUCAAACAGUUGUGUUCUAAAGUGUUAAAGACUGAUCAAUUAGAGCACCUUGAGAAUGACAUAAUAGUCACACUUUGCAAAUUAGAAAGAAUAUUUCCUCCAUCAUUCUUUUAUGUUAUGGUGCAUUUACCUAUUCAUCUUGCAAGUGAGGCAAAGGUCGCUGGACCAGUGCAAUAUCGAUGGAUGUAUCCUAUCGAGCGGUAUUUACGUACAUUAAAGUCUUAUGUCCGUAAUAAGAGUCGUCCAGAAGGUUCUAUUGCAGAGGGCUACAUAGCAGAAGAAUGUACAACCUUUUGUUCAAGAUAUUUGCAUGAUGUUGAAACGAAGCAUGACCGUGAAGAAAGAAAUUAUGUCAUUGAAAAUAACAUAACAAAUGGUGGAGGGUUAACCAUUUUCAAAUGCAUGGGACGUACAAUAGGAAAGUCAACAUCUCAUGUUCUUAGCACAGAAGAAUGGUCCCAAGCACAUUUAUAUGUGUUGACUAAUUGUGAGGAAGUGACGUCAUUUAUUGAGUAAGACACUUAUUUGAAUAAAACUUUAUAUUAAUUCUCGUACAAAAAUUUAAUUUUGGUCUUUGUGAACAUUAUAAUUAAUUUUUUCUUUUUUAUUAGAGAGCAUAAGCAAUCUAUAAGGGUUAAACCUCGUAUUCGUGCACGAGAUGUAGAUUUGAUUCACACAAGAGAAUUCAUUAGUUGGUUUGAAGAACGUGUAAGUUCAUUCACUACAUAAAUUGUUCUAUUAUCUAAUACACAUGUAUGUAUUAACAUCUUAUAUUUGAAUCUAUAGAUUAUACAAAUGCGACAUGAAGGUCCAAUUUCUGAACACAUACUAUCAUUGUCUCGU